UGUAUUUAGGAUUUUUCUCCAUCCCUUGUCAGACUGGCAUCAUGUACUGCAAUGAGCCGCAAAAUGCUACCAAUACAAACAAUACAAAUACAGUCGAAGCCUUGACAGCAGUAAGCUGUUCGCUUUCUAUCCUUGGCGCAUGCGUCAUCUUCCUGUCAUACAUUGUCAUUCCGGAAAUCAGAAAUCCAACAAGAAAACUGGUCACCUGGUUGACGGUAGCUGAUCUUUUGCAACCAUUUGGUUAUCUUUCGGCCAUUGUGGCUGAAAAGGUAGGCCAUGCCACUAGUGGCGAUGUAAACAAUCAAUUCUGCACACUGCAGAGUGCUGUGACGUCAUAUGCCAGUUUGGUGUCUUUCUUUCUAACAACAGCCAUUGCUUUGCACCUGUUCAGAGCAGUUAAUAAAAGAGGUUGUAUUUCAAAUAGUGUUUUCAUCAUAUCUGCGAACAUUGUCAGUUGGGGCAUACCAGCCGUUAUCAUUUACGUUGCCCUUUCUGAGAAUAUGUUGGGACGGGAACAAGACGACUCACAAACAUUUGGGACUGGACCUUGGUGUUGGGUAAAAUGUGACUCCGGAAAAACAUCCAAGUCCUUGUUAUACAUGUUGCUGACGGGAAAAGCGUUUGAAAUACAGUGCUACAUCUACACUGCAACCCUAUAUUGUCUUCUGAAAUGGAAAAUGUACAUUGCACGGCGGUUUCGAAGUUUGAAUGAGGUCAACCCAGACUUGCGAGACGACGAUAAGAACUUCCUCUUCGUGUGGCUGAUGUUACUUUCAAUUCGUAUCUGGGGAACCAUCCGCUUCUUAAUGAGGGCUAUCCCCGAGGACUAUUCGAAAGUGUCUCCCAAUAUGACCGCAGUGGACAAUGUUUUUGUUUACAUGCAGGCGGCAGGUGAUCCCGCUCAAGCGUUCUGCAACUUUAUACUGUUCUGUUUACUUGACAACGAAGUUCGAGUGAAAUUGAAGCGAUUCGUGUUCUGUCGUGCCUCACAAUAUGAAAACGUUGAUGCCAUAAGAUGACUGGCUAAAUGCUUGUACUAACCAUUUGCAGUGUCUCAUUUUAAAUCAUUUUUUUGUAAACCAUUAUCUGUUUUAGACUUUUAAAAGAGGUAAACACGAUCGAUGGUCAUCGCAAAUUAAAAUAUCAUGGGGUGAAUUGUUUAAGGUUCCUAAAUGACAGUUCUAAAAAAUCUUCCAGUUCUAGCAGCUGGAUUAAAACAAUUGGAUAUUUACAGAACUUACAUAGAUAGAUUGCCUUUAUCAAAGAACAAUCAUAGUUCUUAAAAUAAAAUAUUCAACAGUUAAACAGUUUAAUGAAACGAACAUGAAUAUUCUUCUUUUGUUUAUUAGCUAAGUUUAUUAAACGAGUUUUGCUGAUGUUACUGAGCAAACGAAUCAAUCAAUCAAGAAUAACAUGGACACCAAAAAAGGAAAUGGGAAGAAGUUGUUUUAUGCAAUAAAUAAAAAGUGGCAAACAUUUGUAGUUGGUGUGUACACUUGUGUGUAUAUGGUCGCACACACAAACCAAAUAACCGAAAUAUAAGUGCAGUCCUUAAUCGAUGUGCACAGAAAAGCGUGAUAUUUUAUGGUGACAAAAUGGACUGACUCAUAUUAAAUA